UUCGCGUUCCAUUCGUACAUCUGUGCGUCCAAUUACGAUCGUCCUCGCCGCGCCAAAACAACGACACGAAAUAACCAAAACUCCCGUUUCCUCUCGCGAUUUUUAUACACGCGACUCGAUUUACAUUAUCGAUCGAUUAUAUUUCCAUCCGGAUCUCUUGCAGAAAUCUUACAGAAAUCUCUGUAACCGGAUUCUUUUGAUCCGGAUCAGUUUCUCGCUCGUAUUCGCCGCCAGUUCUCGUCAUUCGUCGUUGGCAAGUACGGCGGCCAAUCUAAAGUGCUCCUAAAGUAUAUCUACCGUACGUACAAAGCCCCUGCACGCCUGCAACCCGCGUAAACUGUACGACAAACUGUGAUAACUGUUGUGGAGCGUGGGACAACGCGUUUGGAAAUCUUUUUAGAUCGUUUUUACACCGUCGAAACCAAAUGGGGGAAAAAGUUGGGUAACUGUUGGAGAAACGACAAGACAAUGGACGAGUAAAAAAAGUUUAACGCGAGAGGAGGAGGAGGAGGAGGAACAAAACGAGGGGAACGAUGCUUGUUCGAGCCAUGGCUCGCGAUUUCGUCGACCGAUAAGCGGCGAGCUCGUGGAUAAAUGCACGAUACACGUAUGAACCGGGAUCACCAUGGACGCGGUUCAAUUGUUCCUUGUGCUGCUGGCAUCGUCGCGCUACUUUCUACAUCCGAUCGAUGGUGCUGUUCGCAGCGAGAAGCCGGCCAACGAGGAGAAUAAAAAUAACGUCCUUUCUUCGGUAGCUGCAUCUGUCAAGGAUGUCCUGGCGCAGUCCGGCGGCAACGCUAUGCUGCCUUGUAGAUUCUCCGGCCCCGGAAUAGUGACGUGGAUCAGAAGAAAGGACAGGCAAUUACUGACGUUGGGGACGGGUACUCACGCCAUCGAUACGCGAUUCGUGGUCGUCUCAAACAGCCCAGACUGGACGUUACUGAUCAAGAACGUUAAACGCGACGACGCCGGUCUCUACGAGUGCCAGAUUCAAACGGAGCCGGUCCAACAACGAUUCAUUCGAUUGAAAGUGACGGAGGCGUACUCCGUGAUCCCCGGUGGUCCCGACCUGCACGUGAAGCAAGGAUCGAGCCUUCGACUCGAGUGUCAAUUAAUCGCGUCGACCGAGGCGCCCAGCUUCAUCUUCUGGUAUCGAGAGGGGCGCAUGAUCAACUACGACGACGAGCCAGGUGUGAGGGUUGAAGCUACGAAAAACGGGUCGAUCCUGGUCGUCGACAAAGUGAAACUUUCCCAUGGUGCUAAUUACACUUGUUCCCCGAGCAACGCGAGGCCUGCGUAUAUCAUGAUACACGUGAUCGAAGAAGAGGAAAAACCGGCGGCUAUGCAUGGCGGUGAUCGGCGAAACGCUACGUCGAGAGCGUCCAUCAACGUCAUGUUGAUUUUUCUCACUUUUCUCGGUAUACGAGCCUCGAAUCGACUUUGCCCGCGACAAGCCCGCGCCACGUGACCAGCCUAUCCUGUCAACUUCGAAUUGAUACAGGAAUCCCCGUGAAUAAUAUCAAUAAUCCCUCUACUUCUGUCUUCUCUUCGUCUUCGCGACGAUUUUUUGUAUCUCUCGCGUAUGGACGCUUCCUUCGUUGUGCUUCUCGUGAAUGAACAAUUGGAAUGUCCAUUUUGAGAGAAGUAUUCUCAACGACAAUUCUAUCCAUUAUUUUUAAUUCGAAUCGCGUUCUUCGGGAUUUUUCACAUAGGGAAAAAAAUUAAAAUUGCACGGUAAUUUUUCACUCCUAAAUACAAAUACAAAAAUUGUUCUUCGUAGAGUUGAUUGAUCAUUUCAAUUGAGUGGAAAAAUAAAAACUAAUGCCGUGAUCAAAGCGUCCAUUCGCGAAUAAAUAUAUUCUCUCUCUCAAGAGAGAGAGAGAGAGUGUAUAUAAUUCGACGAUUUAAUUUAAAGGCUCCCCAAAGCCUGAUAAAUUAUCGAAAAUAAGAAUAGCACGCGAGAUGUCUAUUUUUCACUUUUCACAUUCGAAUUGAAUUCGGGAAGCGUGAUAUUCGUGAUCUUGAAAACGAUUUCAACGUUUUCGCCGAUAUAAAAUAUAUACGAUGUAUUUAGAUCGAGAUUAGGGAUUGAUUAAAAGAUUCUUAGGAAAAAAAAAAAAGAAAAGAAAAAAAAACUUCGUUCCAUUAAAUGUUGAAAAACGUUAACGCAAGACAUUCGCGACGCUGCAACGAUUAUCGUGAAACGUGCGAUUAUCGUAAACCGAACGUAAAGCUCAAGCAAUAUUAUAAAUCGAGUAUUAUAAAUUCGUUUUUUAAUCGAAUAUCUUCUCACAUAUUUUUAUCGUACGUACAGGG